UACAGGCUAGCAGGCUAUGUGGUGGUGGAGGGAUCCUAAAUAAACAAGUCUAUUUUUCUAAUCUGUUUUAUGUGCCUAUAAUUAUAUUUUAUCAUCUAAGUUUUUAAAUUACAUGCUAUCUCAGUAUACUGUUUCACUACUGAGAUCAGUUCAAUCAUGUACACAAACCUAUGGUCUCACUGCAUGUAUGUUUGUUCAGUGUUGUCAGAAUUAAAUGAAUGAUUAAGAAAAAUCUCUCUGAUAUAUGGGUAAAACAAACCAUGACUACCUUUGCAGCCAUGACAAACAUAAACUCAGACAGUUUCUAUUAUUAAAAACUCAAAUAGCUCAACCUACAUAUAAUGUUGUGGCGAGGGUCUGCACUUAAGUGCUCUCGUUUGAUAGUGUAAAUAGUAACCAAAGUGAGCUGGGCCAAACCAGGCCAGCAUGGUAAGUACAGCAGGGCCAGCUCAGCUUGGCUCAGCACGGUUUGGCCCAGUUCCAGUUCCAGUUCCAGUUCCAGUUCCAGGUCCAGACCACAAAGUCCGGCGCUCGCCUUUCACAAAGAUACAGUUUGCGCUACUAGAUUUAUAUUGGUGAGAACGUGAUAAUUGUUAUUCUAAUUUCUAAGAACUUGGUGAACAAGUCAUCAUGUCUGGUUGGGAGCAUGGAAUAUGUGGUUGCUUUGAUGACUGCACAAUAUGCUUUCUGUCAUUUUUUUGUCCUUGCAUUCAAAUUUAUCGCAAUGCUAAUGCAAUCCCUGAGGGAGAGCAUGGUUGCCUCUUUCUUUGUGGAAUGUGCACAUUUCUUCAUGCUUGCUAUGAUCGUGCUUCACUGCGUAAUGAUAUUCGUGUCCACAAAGAUAUUAAGGGAACUCAUUGUGAAGACUGGCUUUGUGUUCACUUCUGUUUCCAACUUAGUUUAGCUCAAGAAUCUCAGGAAAUGAAGAGUGAGUAUAUGCUUCGUGAAUAGACUCUACUGUAAAAUAAUCAUGGACUUUUUCUCUAAAAUAAUAUAAAAUCAUUAUCUUGUGAUACAGCUUUUGGUUUAUUUAAAAAAAUUUUUGUACCUUAUACAAA